GUACAAAGUCCACUUUUAAGUUUUCUAGAAGUGCACAUCUUAACCACGGGCGGCGGCAACUACAGAGGAUUUGGUCCGCACUCAAGAUGCCGAAACGGAAAAGAGGCGAGUCCAGCCUAGAAGAGAAUAUCACAAAAUGGCGAAAGGAAUUGGUGCGCGGCAUGAAGACCGCCAAGGGCUUCGAACGUCAACGUCUGAGCAAGCGAAUCCGUGAAGCAGAUCCUGAAAAGGCUGCUCGGCUAGAGAAAGAGGUUCUUGUGCUGAAAAGUCUUGACCUACAACAGGCGGCGCAUGCGCACCUAUGCUCGUCUCUCUUGAAAAUCAAAGGAGUCGCCGAAUCACCAAAGCUGCCCGCCGAUAUCAAGCCGGUACUGAAACCUGAACUUUCGGAAGAAGAGAAAACGGCCUUACACAACGUCACGAGCGCACUAUGCAACCGGAAGCAGGUCAAAGAUGUCAUCGAGGAAGCGAUCAUGGGCACGUGCAUAGCCUUACGAGUACCCAUGCCAGAUAAGAAGAACAAAGGCAAGGCAAGGGAGAAGGAAAUGGAAACGCAGAAACCUAGCGUUGGAAAAUCCAAGACACGUAAAGCUGUAAUAGAAGAAGUAGAUGACGAGGAGGAGGAUGUGGAUAGUCUUACGGACGACGAAUCAGAUGACGCCGAAGACGCUGGGCUUAAGAGGCUACCUCUCUUGAGAAGAAAGGUCGAGAACUCUGAAGGCGAAGAAGACCUUGAAAGUCGUGCGGGAUCUGAGACUUCUGAAAGCGUAGAAUUCGAGGGGUUCUCCGAUAGCGACGCCGAAGAGGAAAUGUUCUCGAAAUACGAUGGAUUAGUUGGCGGCUCGAGCGACGAGGACGAGUCAGAUGAGGAAGGCAGCAGAGACGACGACGAAGAUGAUCGCGCAGAUAGUAAAGCGAAGUCCUUAAGGAGACCUGCGCUAGAUGAUAUUUCGUUAUCGUCCGAAGCGUCCGAUGACGAAGAAGAUAAUGAUUCAGACGACUCAGAAGACGAGGCUCUCGCCCGUCCAGCCAAGAAGGCAAGAGCCGUGAAACCGGUAUCCUUCACGACCGGCAACUCGGCUUUCCUGCCAUCGCUCAUGGGAGGCUACAUAUCUGGCUCAGAGUCAGCCUCCGAUGUAGACGUCGCACCAUCUGCGAAGAAGAACCGGAGAGGUCAAAGAGCCCGCCAGGCGAUCUGGGAGAAGAAAUACGGCGAGAAGGCAAAACACCAUCAGAAAGAGAAAGACCCGAGGAACGCAGGCUGGGAUAUGAAGAGAGGCGCAGUCGAAGAUACAUCUAGGCCGUGGAAGAAGGGCAUUGUGAACCCGUUCGAGAAGAGCCAUGUUCAUCCUGAGAGACAGAAGCAGAUGCAACACGAAGACGAUCGGCCAGCUAAGGGUAAGGCAGCGAGGGAUGCACGGCAGCCGAGACAGCAACAGCAAGAUAAGAGCCAUAACUUUCAGGAAGACAAGCCGAAGCCGAAACCUACGCCGAAGAGGGAUGAUACAGGGCCUCUGCAUCCUAGUUGGGCUGCGGCGAAGAAGGCGAAGGAGAGCGUUCAGAAGAUCGAAUUCAAGGGGACGAAGGUCACUUUUGAUUAGCGAGAUCAUACAACCUGCGAGGUGUAUUAGUUGAUAAUAUCAGAUACCCUAACAAUUGUCUUAAAUUAGUGCAACGCGUUUCGAACUCAUUUCACUCAUUGGCCAGGCUCCAGGGGGUGAGCACUUAGAUAGUAUAUUAGGCUAUCGAGGCCUCUAUCUAUCGAGUAAUAACUCUCAUCGUAUGUAGGAUGGCUCAAUCAGCCGUAUGUGCCUUAGAAAAUCAACGCGAAGUCUUCCUCUAAA